AAUUCCAUUGGAGUUUCACUCGGUGGCAAAUAUUAGUUGAGAGAGAGUGAUUCUGUGGUCCACACUUCCUCCACCAAAACUCUAUAAAUGUCAAACCCAAUCUCAAGCAAUUACUCAAGCAAAUUGCGUGAAGUUUUGCAUGCCAUGAAAAUGGGAAUGGUGGUGAGAUCUCCAUCUUUUUUCUUCUUCUACCCCUUCAUUUUAGCUCUUUCGAUUCAAUCCUCUGUUUUGUCAACAGUUGAUUUAGAAGCUGAAGCAUUGCUGAACUGGAAAACUAGUCUGAAAAAUCACGCUUUGGUUCCAUGGUUUCUUAAAACCAACAACUCCACCAGCCAUUGUAGUUGGAUUGGCAUCAAAUGCAACGAUGACGGAAGUGUAGUCGAGGUUAACCUCCCAAAUUUUGAUUUGGAAGGGACUCUCAAUCAAUUGAACUUCUUCUUGUUGCCCCAUUUGACCGGCUUGAAUCUCAGCAUGAACUAUUUUUUACAAGGGAAAAUCCCGAAGAGUAUCGGCUCCCUUUCGAAACUCAGUUUCUUGGAUUUGGGAGACAAUCGGUUUACGGGGUCGGUACCUGAAGAGAUUGGCAAUCUCAUUGAGCUUCGCUUCAUUUCUCUAAGUGUAAAUGAUCUUAGUGGCCCCAUCCCUUAUCAGCUGGGUAAUCUGCAAAAGGUAUGGCAUUUAGACCUUGGUAGGAACAAUUUGAACUCUACUGACUGGUCAAGGUUUACAGGUAUGGAGUCUCUUACUCACCUCUACCUAUAUAGCAAUGCUUUGGUAGAUUUCCCAGCCUUUGUUUCCCAGUGCAAAAACUUGGUACUUCUUGAUUUGUCUGAAAAUGAAGUAAGUGGUGGAAUCCCCAUUCAAAUGGUUUCCAGUCUGGAAAACCUCCAAGUCCUCAACCUUAGUCGUAAUUACUUUCAAGGACCUAUUCCUGCUGAACUUCAAAAUCUGACGAGGCUUCAAGAACUUCAACUCUAUGGCAAUAAUCUCAAGGGAUCCCUCCCUCCCUCCAUUGGAAACCUUUUCAUGCUUAGUACAUUGUCUCUAUACAAUAACCACUUCACAGGAUCCCUCCCUCCCUCCAUAGGAAACCUUUCCAAGCUAACUCAAUUAUGGCUAAGUGCAACAAUUUCACAGGAUCCCUCCCUCCAUCCAUAGGAAACCUUUCCAAGCUA